CUAUGUUCAUUCCCUUACCGGAAAAAGCAAGAACGGAACUUGUGAUCCAAAAGUUUCAGAUGCGAUGGGUGACUGAGUAUGGUUUUCCUUUAUCCAUUGUAUCUGAUCGAGACGAAAGGGAGCUCAGAGAGCUCCAACAAGUCGAAAGGAUCCGUGAAAGAUUAGAGAGGGAACUGAAGGAAACAACCGAUAGGGAAAAAGAGAUAAAGAAUAGAGCGGCCAGGCUUGAUACGUUAGAGGCUGACAAAGCUAAGUUAGAGGGCUUGGAUGACUCUGGAAUGAAUGAUCCCAUGAAAGUGUUGAGGGACAACAUGCUGUCGCUGCAUGCGCACGUGGACAGCAGGUUGGACUUCAUACAGAGCACUUUGGACCAGAUCCUGGACAUUUUGACAAGGCCAGGACUUAGGCCACCAGCGCAAUCGCCGUUGCCGUUAUCGGCGAUGUCAGGCCCCUUUCCAGUUCAAGUUGGUACACAACCAAGUGGUACAUCUGCAGCAGGCACACAGACUGUUACAUCUUCUUCUUCGGGUCCAGCGGUGAUUGCUACAUCACCGCAACAACCUGUUCAGCAAUCUGGACAUCCGCAAGGUCAGUGGUACCCUAAGACCCCAAUGAAACCACCUCUUGCCUUCUCAGGCGAGAGAAAGGAUGAAGAACUCAACACAUGGUUGAGGACAGUCCCGGUUUGGGUGAAGGCAAAAAGGACCUUGCCUGAGGACAAAGUGGUAACUGCUGCAUCUUACCUCGAGGGUAAGGCAGCCAAAUGGCUAGAUGGUGUAGUUCUGAAGGCAGGGUUUGGGCGGCGCAUGGCGGACUGGGCUAAGUCAUUGACGCUAGACCAGUUCAUGGAAAUGGUAGAAGCUCGCUGGCAUAAUCCACAGGAGGCACAAAGGGCCACUGAUGCGAUUAACAAGCUGGACCAACGAAAGUUCAACGAGGCACGCCUCGAGUACCAUUCGUUUGAGACCUUGUCUAGGAAAGCCUUAGAUCUAGAGGCGACGCUAGGCAAUGCUCAACCCUCACAGAAUGACACAAAGAAGAAGAAGAGCCCUCAAGAGUGGAAAAAGAAGGGGGUUAAGUUGAUGAUGGUGGAGUCCGAUGGGACUCAAACUGAGAUCGACGAGCUCUCUGACCUGAUGGACUACUCAGAGUAUGACGGCGAGGAGGUAGCCGAGGGUAGCACCCUCGCCACAGUAGUUAAGACUAAGGCGGCUGGCCGAGGACAGGGCCAACCUAGGGGUCAAGGGAAGGCCGCCUCCAAUCAGACCAAGCAGGCUGAAUGGGUCAAGGCAGGUCUUGAUCAAGACGUGUGGCAUGACCGCCGAGUGCGGGGCGCUUGUAUAAAUUGCGGGGAAUACGGACACUCGCAAUACAAGUGCCAGAACGCAAAGGUUACGCAGAAGAUUGCUCCAAAGAUGGGGGCAUCUUACUCCCAAGGUUCUAGCUCGGGAAACGCUGAUGAGUGCGAGGGUGCUUUCAAGAGAUUGAAGCAUGCACUCAUGAAUCAUGAGGUCCUCAUGGUUCCUGAUCCUCAGAAGCCGUUCAUAGUGACCACUGACGCAAGCCUAUACGACAUUGGCGCAGUGAUGGCUCAACAGGAUGGGAAUAAGUUGAGGGCGAUUGAGUACAUGAGCAAGAAAAUGCCAUCGAAGAAACUGGCGAAGUCCACCUAUGAGAGGGAACUCUAUGUUCUAUACAAAGCAAUUGUCCAUUGGAGACACUUCCUAUUAGGAAGGUUCUUCUACUUGAGGACUGAUCAUCAGACCCUCAAAUGGAUCAAGACUCAACCGGCUCUUUCUGACGCACUCAAGCGAUGGAUUGAGGUCAUAGACAAAUAUGACUUCAAGCUUGAGUAUCUGAAGGGAGAGUAUAACAAGGUUGCUGAUGCGCUAUCACGUAGAGCAGACUACCUAGGACAGAAUGUCUCCAUGGAUUUCAUGGACACCCUGGUGACUAGUAAGAGUGGCAAGAGGGACAUCUUCGUCAUCAUCGACCGAUUCACCAAGUACGCUAGAAUAGUGGCUAUGCCAGAGACCGCAAGAAUUGACUACGUCAUCAAGUUGUUUAAAGACAACUGGGUGCGUGACUUUGGUUUACCAAAGUCAAUCGUUAGUGACCGAGAUGUCCGAUUCACAAGUGAGCUGUGGAAGAAGACUGCAGAACAGAUGGGCAGUCAACUUCAAAUGACUUCAGGGAAUCAUCCCGAAGCCAACGGACAAGCCGAACAAAUGAACAGAGUUGUACAGCACUUACUGAGGCAUUACAUCAAGCCCAGCCAAGAUGAUUGGGAUGAGGAGCUGCCUCUCAUCGCCAGCCUGUACAACAAUGCUAUCCAUAGUAGUACCGACGUUAGUCCUAAUCAGCUGCACUUGGGAUGGAAGCCUAGAUCAGCACUAGACUUCCUCCUACCUGAAAACCGACCCGCUGCAACUCCAGGCACACUAGAGUAUGGUGUGCAGUAUGAGAAGUUGCUGCAAGAGGUUGUCGAGCAUAUGAAGAAAGCUCAACAAGCAAUGAUUGCUUUUGAGAACCAACAUCGUAGACAGUCCACAUUUCAGUUCUACUCGGAGACCACGGCAGCUGAACUGAGCAAGUGGGAAGAGGAGGAAGCCGCCCGCCAGCAGGAAAUUCAACGCCAGCUGGCAGAGGCAGAGGCAGCACGUCAGCAGGCCGCAGCAGAAGCUGCAGCAGACGCACGGUUGCAACAGCAGCAGGUCGAGGCAAGUCAAAACCAAGUUCGUUACCCCGCUACAAUGGAGCUCGCCAACGAAGAAGCCACGUACCGGAGGUUACUCCAACAACAGCAUUUUCGAGCAAACGAGGAACAAGAGGAGCCGACCGAGGACGAGAGAAACAAGGAGGCCACAACAGUUUUGAUGGAGAAUCUGCUGUACAUGUGCAAUUGGCAGCAACGUGAACUGCUGGCCAUGCAGCAGGUCUUCAUCCGCCACAAAACGAUGUUUAAAGCAAUGGACAAGAAGAUCGCUACCCUGCAGGCCGAGAUCAGCACACUACAGGCCGCCAACAGCCAGCAGCAGACAAUCAACGACCAGCUGCAGUCCGAUGUCAGCAUGGGGUUGGCACGACUAUCGGCAGUUGCGUCGACGGGCAGCGCAGUGGCAGACUGCAGCCCAGCCUUGGCCGCACAAGCCAAGCAACUUGAGGAGCAGAUCAACCACGUGGUCGCAUCCCUCGGCGACAUCAGCAAGUUUGCUGGAGCGUUGACAGUCAACAAUCAGCUGCAGACGCUCAACGACCGCGUUCAGCAACGACCGGCCACCGUCGCCAAGGAAUGGAAGAUGUCGAACUUCAAGAUCGAGAAGUUCGAUGACUAUCACAAGACUGAUCCGCUGCAAUGGUGGAUGGCUUUCAACGUGGAGGUGGAUGUACAUCACACUCCAGAACUACGGCGGCUUGACGCACUCUACCUCCAACUCAUCGGAGGGGCGCAGACUUUCAUGACCCACAUGGUCGUCACGUUGGAAUGCACCAUCGCUACCCUCCACACCAAGAUUACGUGGGAGGAAUUCGAGAAGCAAUGAAAGACCCGGUUCAUGGUCAACAACGACAAGCGUCACGACUUGAACAAGAUCUUCCGCAUGUUUCAAGGCCAGCAACCUUC